AUAGACACAACCGUCAGCUUUACUAUCGUCCCAGAGAAAGGUUUCGCUCUUACAACACCACGGAUUACAUAGUUGAUCACGUUACACGCGUAUUGUGUACAAGCCUUUGUGUUUCACCUUACACCCUGUUGAAAUGAUCGUGUGAAAGUUGCCAGACUCCCCAUGCUGCACCCCAGAUCACGGUUGAGAAGUGAAUUCCAAGAAACAUGGCCAAAUUCUUACCUAUUAUUGGCGAAGCAUACACAACAGUUGAAAGUGGCAUUUUAAUCAUGUCUGCUGGCUUGGCCAAAGUUUGUGGGGAUGACAAAGCUGCCAGUCAACUUGCUGAUAGUGCAGGCAAAUCUUGGAAGGAAUACAGUGAAACAAAUGCUUUGGCAGCUCCGAUCAAUAUGAUCGUACAUAAAAGCAAGGGAGAUCAUGAAAAGGUAAAAGAGCUUGAAGAUUCUUAUCUCAGUGCAGCAUCAUCUUGCGCAGAUGGCAUUCCUGUAGUCGGACACGUUAAAGGAGUUGUUCACUAUGCGAUGGGCGACGUAGAUAAAGGGAAUAGGUCUAUGGAGAUCUCUACAAGAAAUGUGGCCGUUUUAGGUGCUGGAAUUGUUACAGGUGGACUUGGUGCUGGAGUGGCCGUAGGAGCUGCUGCUGGUAUUGGUGCUGGGGUUGCAUAUGACGCCACGGCGACUAUUGUUGAUAAUACAGUAAACGGGGAAGACGCAACACUCCACGGAUCUAUUGCUUUAGCUCGUGCAGACAAGAUGAACCCAAAUGAAUUUGUUGGUGGUAUCCUUGGUAUUGCUGGUGAUGGGCUGACAGGCGCAGGUGGAGCGCAAGUGGGAAAAAAUAUUCGAACCCGCAUAAAUGGACAAAGGGCUUUACAAAAUACUUACAAGAAUUCAGAAGGUCUCAGAGGGACAGGAACUAACUACAGAACUGCCACUAAACUUACUAUGGAGGCUGCUGAAGCGAGCAAAAAAGCACAAGGAGCACUGAAUAAACAAAUUUCUUAUGCAACCUGUGAAGCUGUAGACUCAGCUACUGGUCAGAAAGGUGUUGGUCAUAGUGGAUUAUAUAGAAAGGAAAUGAGGGUACAGAAUUUUGAAAAUUUGGGAUACCCAUCCAGGAAUGCUGCUGCAAGAGCCAAUGGUUAUGGUGAGCCAUCUCAUCUCCAAACCAGAUAUGAAAACGUUAGGCAAGUUCACCCAACAAGACCUCAAGCUGCAUGUGCUGAACACCCAGCAUUUGAUAAUUUAGUGAGGAAAAAUCCAAAUUACAACCCAGAGAACGUCAACGCAGCAACUGUCUAUAAGAAACAAGAUAUUAUUAACACCGCACGACGGUGUGAGAACUGUCUAGCCUACGGUACCGGGAUGGGAAGCGUGGUUACAGAUUGUAUUCCUGACAGAACUCCUGUUCCCACUUCUGGUUAUGUGAGGGAUGGAUUUGUGGCACAUGCGGUUGGUGCUGCCUUUGUCGGCUAUGCCGUAAAUAAUGACGAUGAGGAUGAAACAGACAAAAAAGAUGAUGAGGUCAGCCUUGAUGAAAUCAACCUGGAUUGGACCUUUUGGGAAAGCUGAGGAUUUGGUUCGACAAAUACAACAAAAGUGGACAAUGGAAGGAACAAUCAGAAAAAUUACUAUAAAAACUAGGCAAUGGAGAGGUAAAACCAUUAUACAAGGGUUUCAAGUCUGCGUUAGAGACGGGGAUGGUAGAGCUUUUGGAAUGAAUUAUAAUGAUCUCUACGAUACAGUAACAUUCACUAUCCCAGAUGAUAGACAAAUCAGCAAAAUAUGUAUUGAGUCUGAUGCUUACAUACACUCUCUUGGUUUCAUGCUUGAUAAUGGCGAUGUCUUAGGGCCUGUCGGAACUAGAAAUGAAGCCAAAGAGAAAACCGUACCUGAAGAUUGCAAUGAUCUCAAGAGUGUACUGUGCGGAAUAUCAGGUAUUACAGUUCGCAGUGAAAAAGUUCCUGUUAUUUCCAAUGUCAAGUUCAAUUUUCGUCAUUAACUAUUCUAAAAUUAAUACUGAUGAGUAACAAAUAAAUACAUUUUUUGACUGGUAUCUAUUGUGUUUCUUGUAUUUAACUGUAAAUUGUAUACUAAAGUUGCAAUGUUCAUACCAAUGCAACAUUCAUUGUUGCCGCAAUAUAUCCGAUUAUCGUGUUUCUGCAUCAUACAUAAAAUUUUUGUUUGUCUCUUGAUCUCACAAAACUGCAUUAUUUACUUAAUAUUCUCUUUUUGUGGGAACAAUAAUAUCUUAUUUUAUAAUCAAUAUUAAUGUGUUCACAUGUAAUGUUUUAUUUGUGUCAAUAAUUUAGUUGAUUAUGGUUAUGAUAUAUAAAAUGUGAGGAACUUUAGCCGGUAGCAGAGUUAUGAAGGUCAAGCCUUCCCUUCGACAACGUAAGCACGGCCUCAGACCAUGCCUUCAGUCUUACCACAAGUCGCUCGGGAAGGUAAAGUAAGAGGCACUACAACACACGUGGGUGUUGGUAACAGUGCUGUAUGAAUUGAAUCCGGAUCUGAGCACCAACUUGUGAAGGACGGCGUAAACACAGCCGCCCCUUGACCACCACGAGGCUCGCUCCCUGAUAGCUACAGUGAGAGGACCUGUCAGGCGUGCUCUUAUACCUAUUCAUAUCACAGCAAUCGGCGACUUUUGUGGUGUUGUCUCCCUCUCACAACAUCGCCGAGAUCCUUCGCCAUCCACCACAGGAAGGCAAAGGUUGUUUUGGAGGCUUUGGCCACCAAAAUAGUGACAUCCAGGGUGGCCGCCGGCAUGGACACCAUGAUUGAUGACCGCAUGGACACGGCCUUCGUCCCGACCUUCCCCAUCACCGCCAGCAAACGACAGCUUGCCUCACCACCAGAGGUAGGACACAAAACGCCACGCACCACCCAGAACGAACACCAGCACGCCGAAGAAGUGCAGGCCUCUUUCCUGCUGCGAGCUGCCGACGGAGCGAGGGUGUUUGCCAACCCCUCCCAUGUCUCCAAGGCACUCUAAGCCUCUGACCUGGGUAAGUACCUCCUUGAGGGGAAAACCUGCUCGCUGUGGAACGGUUCAGCGCUCGUUGUGACACUGUGGGAGCACAACACCCCCCCCAGUGUGCCACUCCUCCAAAAAACCCACUUUUGUCUGGCCGAGAAGGACGCUGACACUUACAAUGAUGUCAAGGUGGGGCCACUUGCAAAUGACACCAAUCUCCAGGACGUGUUGUGAGGCCUCAGACCCCUCGAUGGCAACGAGGUGAUCAAGUCAUCCUGGAUCGUCCCACACUGCCUUCUCAGGUAUGCUAAAGGCAAAUGUCCCGCCUCAAGGUGAGGGGCCAUACUCACCAAGGUAUGUGUCCUACAGCUGGUGUACUGGGCCAAACCGUACCUCCUGCCGCUAUCCCGCUGCCCUGGGUGCUAGAAGAUCAAGCAUUCGAUGAACACCUGCAGGUUGGCCACACGGUGCUCCUAAUAUAGUAGCCCACGUCCUUACUUCCAAAAGGAUGUUAUCUGCAACAGGAAACACCACAGCUUUCAAACGGGCCGCGUUUGAAAUACUGUCCCUUCAACCAGCAAGCCCAAAAGUUAUACACUACCCUUACGCAGGAGGGCAAAUCCCUCCAAAAAAAAAAAAAAAAAAAAAAUGCUAAGGAAACUGCAGUGGUUCAAGUCCCAGGCACCCCGCAGGAUACCACCACCACCGCCCACCGCUGCACGCAUGGCCCCUCCUUCCACUGUCACGCCAGUCCAUCCUGCCACCUCCUACUCUGCCAUCAGCAGCAGGAACAGGUCAUCGCCACUGGUGGAACUCCAGGAGUGCUCUGAGCUGCGAGAGAUGUCGUCGCAUGGCUUGGGACUCCAUUACAUGGAGGGAACCGCCGCCCCAUGGCUUCUCCUUUCCCUUCGCUGACACUGGUAGCUUGUCAAGAAUUAUCACCUCAUUUUUUUAAAACCAGCUUUCAAAGGUGGAGCCGGGAAAACUUGUGGGAGCAAACCCCAGCUCUGCUCCUGAGCGAUAUCUCUUAAUCCACCCCAAUAGAGAUGAAAAAAAAAAAAUAAAUAAAUAAAAUAAAAUUAAUAGAAAAUAAAAAAAAAAAACAUUAAGAACCAGUGGACUGACGGAAGGACUGUUUUACAGAAGAGGGAGGCCUAACACAGUGUGUCGAAGCAGUUUAAUUCUCAUAACCUUGAGCCUGUACGGUCCAAGCGACACCUCAAGAAAGCCUGGGACCCUUUGAAAGAAAAGGAUUAAACAUGAGCAAGCUCUCUAGAUGAGGGAGCAGAAGAGGAGUAGUGGUGGGAUCCCUCCAUCUGCUGUGUCCUUGACAGAGACAUUGACGACAUUGGGAAUCCUCAUAAUUUAGAUGCCAUGCCAGCUUGUGCCAAGUCGCAUCAUCAUGGUCGACUCAUCCGAUACACUAAGUUUCUCUUCGGGAUUGUGUGUGAGGUGGUCUCAAUAGAGCCCAUUCCUGAAGAGGUGGAAGAGGUAGAGGUGGAGGUUCCAACAGCAGGGCGGCCAAGUACCAGCCAACCAUCAGUCCCACAAAGGCCCAGCAAGCGUCAUAGACUUCAUGAUGACAUGUAUGUAGAUAAACGUAGUAAUUUUUUGAAGGAGAAGCAGAAGGUGGAAAAAGGAAUGAUGAAAAGAAAAGAACACUUAAGAUCAUCAAAGAAUAAUAGGUGGCUGCCACAAUAUAUCACAGACAACAGUCAGUGAAUGCCUUCAGUCUACUUCAAGAACAAUUGCCAGUAGGAGCAGGCAUCACAUCUUUCUUCCCUCUGGCAAUGAUUUGCAGCAAUGUGUUCAGGGCCAUUGGUUAUACCCACAUUGCUAUUUAUAAACCAUCAGUGGAUAAUUUUGAAGUGUUUUGUUGUCUGAAAGUUUUUUUUUUUUCUUUUCACCCUAUCACUGUGCAAGGUGUAUGUGGGGCUGAGUCGAUGUUUUAUAAUGUUUUUUGCUCAUUGGCCUGGGAGUGUCAUUGACAGUAGAUUUUUUUUUUUUUUUAAUAGUUAACUUUGGAAUACAAUCUUGAUCCUAGAUGCCAUGUACUUGGAGAUGCUGCUUAUGAACUGAAAUCAUUUGUAAUGACUCCAGUGUCAGCUCCAAGGGAUGCCCAUGGGAGAGCAUAUAACAAUAGCCAUUCUCACAUAAAAGUAACAGAAUGAGCAUUUGGUGUUCUUAAAAGAUUUGAUUAUUUUGGUAUGAAAUUUAGAACAGAUUUAGACACCACUAAAGCCAUCAUUGCUGCAUGUGUGAUGAUGCAUAAUAUAGGUGUUAAAAGUAGAUUGAUUUUGCCUCAUGAUGGGGAAUAUGUCAUUCAUAAUGAUGUUCCCUAUAGAAUGGAUAUACAAGUAUUUGAAAAUGAACAAGGGAGACAGAAACAGGAACAAAUAAUCAAGAAUAAUUUCUAAAUGUGCAUACAUUGUAGUUUGAAGUGUGCUUAGCUAGGAAAUAAUUUGUAAGAUAUAAGUGCCUUUAUGACUGGAAAGAAAUAGUAUUAAUACUUUGGAUUGUUUCAUUUCCUUUUAUUGAUUGUGACAUAUUGAUGUGCAUUAAAAAGUGCCUUGCUAGGAAAUAAUUUGUACGAGAUAAUUGCCUUUAUGAUUGGAAAAAAAAAAAACAGUAUUAAUUUUU